GAAAUCCAAACGCACUCCGAAGGCGCACGUGAACAGAGAUAAACAAUCGCGGAGUUACGACCCCCGUGCGAAUUGUCACGUAUUACUAAAAGAGAUCCACCUGAUCGAGAGAGGUUUAGUACCGACUGGAACGCCGACCCGGCCCGCUGCCUCUUCUUCCACUAGCGGCGUCUAGCUCUGUCUCUCUCCCUCCAGUACUGACCACCAUGAGUGCGACGAGGACGAAACACUGCACUUUCCGCCCGGAGGCGGUUGUCGCUCGCGGCUGGUUUUCGUUUUUGCUGGUUUCCCUAUUAGCAGCGAACUCGCUUGCGAUUUGCCCACCCAGCAGCACUACUCGCCUCGACUUGGAAAAGUUCGCAGGAGAAUGGUACAUGGUAGAGGGAACCCCCGUGAAGAAAAACAGCGUCAGUACAUGCGCUCAUUUCCUGGUAAAUCAGACGUCAUCGGAUACCUUCAAGAUAAAGUACACUGCAAUUAGUCACAGGAAUAAUCAGCCGGUCACCUUUAUCGUCGAUGGAACGGUAUCCGAUGAUAUCCUCGCGCAAUGGCAAUUAGUUGGCUACAAGGAGGCCUUUGGUAAACAAUAA